GCGAGAUCCGACGACUCGAUCAGUGCACUCCACUGUCCCAAGACGCAUGGAACUUGAUGCGUUCGUGGGCGCAAUCGGAUGCAUGCAUGAGAGAGAUCGAUGAGGAAGGAGGAGCUGGACUACGUGCUGGUGCCGCUGGGGCUGGCGCUCAUGGUGGCCUACCACGCCUGGCUGCUCCACCGCAUCCGCCGCCGCCCGGCGACCACCGUCGUCGGCGUCAACGCCAUCAACCGCCGCAUCUGGGUCCGCCACAUCAUGGAGCUCGAUCUCGCCAUGGCGAUGCAGAUGAACUCCAUAGUGCACGCGUCCACCUCGCCGUCGCCGGAGACGGCCUCCCCUCCCCCAGAAGGCAGGCAAGAACACGCCGAGCUGGCCGUCCAUGUCGUCGGCGUCGGCGUCGGCGACGAGGCGGCGAUGCUGAAGGAUGACGAGGCGGCGCCGGGCGGCGGCGUGGACUACUCCGGCCGCGCGCAGUGGCUCCGCGCGGCCUUGCUGGGCGCCAACGACGGGCUCGUCUCCGUGGCGUCGCUCAUGAUCGGCGUCGGCGCCGUGAACGAGUCGGCCAGGGACAUGUUCGUCUCCGGCCUCGCCGGCCUCGUCGCCGGCGCGUGCAGCAUGGCCAUCGGGGAGUACGUGUCCGUGCACGCGCAGUACGACAUCGAGCUGGCCCAGCUCAGGAGGAGGAGGAGGCAGCGCCGCCGUCAAGAAACCGGCGAGACGGCGAAGGAGGAGGAGGAGGAGCAGCGGCUGCCGAGCCCGGCCAAGGCGGCGGCGGCGUCUGCCGUGGCGUUCGCGGCGGGCGCGCUGCUGCCUCUGCUGGCCGGCGGGCUCAUCCGCCCCUGGGCCGCGCGCGUCGCCGCCGUGUGCGCGGCCACCUCGGUCGCUCUCGCCGGGUUCGGGGCGCUAGGCGCGGCGCUCGGCGGCGCGAGCCCGGGCAGGUCGGCGGCCAGGGUGCUGCUCGGCGGGUGGGCCGCCAUGGCCGUGUGCUACGGCGUGCUCAGGCUGUUCGCAAUAAUCAUGUAAUAGCAUGUAACAUAUGGGGCUGAUAUAAAAAAAAAGUUCGAUGGCUAUUAUAUAUGUUUAUUAUCUUUUCUACCCUAGAGUACACCAUGUCAUCAACCCGUUUUACUCAUUAUCUUGAAGAGACUACCUAUUUAGC